UAAUACAGCCGUUUGACAUGAGACAGCCCCCUAGGUGUCUCACUUUCUCAGUGUUUGUAUGGGCUGGAGCGCUGCGCCGGCUGCCCGCCUGCCUGCUGCUUGUCUGGCUGACUGGCUACGUUGACGUCAGCGCCGUGUUGAUUUGCUAAGGCGAGAGAAGAAAGGAGUUAGUGCGUGUUGAGAGAGCGGGUACUGCGAACUGCCUUACUAUGCUGUAGCCCCAAUCCCCCUUCACUAUACGGAAUCAAAACGUGCAACUUAGGUUUCAUCUUGUUUACAUAGAUAGAUAAAAACACUGCUGAACGGGGAAGGCGAGCCUCAUGAGUCGGCUUCGUGGAUUGCAUCAACGCAAUGGAUUUAAGUAAAAUGGGUAUGAUCCAACUCCAGAACCCCAACCAUCCCACUGCCCUUCUGCAGAAGGCCAAUCAGAUGCGCCUGGCUGGGACUCUGUGUGACGUGGUCAUCAUGGUAGAUAGCCAGGAGUUCCACGCUCACCGGACUGUGCUAGCCUGCACCAGCAAAAUGUUUGAGAUCCUAUUCCACCGCAGCAGCCAGCAUUACACCCUGGACUUUCUUUCACCAAAGACGUUUCAGCAAAUUUUGGAGUAUGCUUACACUGCCACGCUCCAGGCCAAGGUGGAGGACUUAGAUGACCUGCUCUAUGCAGCAGAGAUCCUGGAGAUUGAGUAUUUGGAAGAGCAAUGCCUCAAAAUCCUGGAAACCAUCCAGUCCUCAGAUGAGAAUGACGUGGAGGUCAAUGUGAAUGACGGGAGCACAGAAGAGGAUGACGAGCGCAAAGGCCACAACGGAGCUAAGAACUCCAAAAAGCAUUCCAUGGAGAGUCUCUAUCUGUCAGGUACCCAGCAAGUUUCCACCAUGGCUGGCAUGGUGGACCAGAGUCCCUCAGUUUCCACAUCCUUUGGUGUCUCCACCUUGAGUCCCACUAAAGCUGCUGUGGACAGCCUGAUGAGCAUCGGUCAGUCUCUUCUCCAGCAGGGCUUCGGGGGUGAACAACUUAUCCACGGCAACUCCCACCACCUGAUGACUGAAAUCAAGACUGAAAUGAUGCAAGUGGACAUGGGUGGCAACGGCCAUGAAAGCCCGCAGAACAUGGAGUCCAGUGGCUCCAGCAAUGGAGAGCGAAGUGGGGAGGACAGGAACCGAGAUGGUCCAGGAACACCAACCAGGAGCAGCGUAAUCACCAGUGCCCGCGAGCUGCAUUAUGUCCGUGAUGAAGGCAUGGGCGACGCUCAAGCUGAGGUCAGCCAGAUGGGUCUGGAAGCAAUGUCUGGAAUGACAGAGAAACAUCUGGCAUCGCUGUACUCCCUACCAGUCAAUCAUAAAUCAGAUGCCAUCAUGUCCAUGCCGGCAUCCAUGGCCUCCGCUCUCCCCAUGUCCCCAGCUCUGGCUAUGUCUAUGGACUUCAGUGCCUACGGGGGUCUUCUGCCUCAGAGCUUCAUCCAGAGAGAAUUCUUCAGCAAGCUCGGGGAGCUUGCAGUGGGCGUGAAACCAGAUGGCAGGAACCAGCAUGAACGUUGCAAUGUUUGUGGUGCAGAACUACCAGACAACGAAGCUGUGGAACAACACAGGAAGAUGCAUAGUGGAAUGAAGACCUACGGGUGUGAGCUGUGUGGGAAGAGCUUCCUGGACAGCCUCCGUCUACGGAUGCAUUUGCUGUCUCAUUCAGCUGGUGAGAAGGCCAUAGUUUGUGACCAGUGUGGCGCCCAGUUCCAGACAGAGGAAUCCCUGGAGGCUCACCGGCAGAUCCACACCGGGUCAGACAUGGCCAUCUUCUGCCUGCUUUGUGGGAAGCGUUUCCAGACCCAGACAGCAUUGCAGCAGCACAUGGAAGUCCACGCCGGCGUUCGCAGCUACAUUUGUAGUGAAUGCAACCGGACUUUCCCCAGCCAUACUGCACUCAAACGUCACCUACGCUCACACACAGCAGGGGACCACCCAUUUGAGUGUGAGUUCUGCGGGAGCUGUUUCCGAGAUGAGAGCACGCUGAAGGGCCACAAACGCAUCCACACCGGGGAGAAGCCCUAUGAAUGUAACGGCUGUGGGAAGAAGUUCAGCCUCAAGCACCAGCUGGAGACCCACUACCGUGUGCACACAGGUGAGAAGCCAUUCGAGUGCAAGCUGUGCCACCAGCGAUCCAGGGACUACUCGGCCAUGAUCAAGCACCUGCGCACCCACAACGGCGCCUCACCCUACCAAUGCACCAUCUGCCUGGAGUACUGCCCCAGCCUGUCAGCCAUGCAGAAGCACAUGAAAGGCCACAAGCCCGAAGAUAUCCCCCCAGACUGGCGCAUAGAGAAGACCUACCUGUACCUCUGCUAUGUCUGAGACCGGAAGAGUAAAGAGAUGGGGGGGGGGGCACGUGUGAGGGUAGGGACGGGGGUUGUGAGGUAAGGGGAAUGUAAUUGAGAUGAUAGGAGGCGUGAGGCUAUGGUGGAGUGUUGACGAUUGAGGAACGUCAAUGACAAGAGACUCGAAAGCAAGAGGGGUUUGUUUUCUCAUUUUCUUUUCAUGCAAAGGCGGCAACAACCGACGGGGUAGAAGGGUGGUGAUGGUGGGACAAAAGUGCUAAGAAGAGGAAGACUUGGACAUGGAGAGAGAUUCUCCACCAUUGUUCGGAUUUACCGGGUCAUUCACUACAUCUGCAACUGUGUUAUUGUUUCAGGUCAUUGCAUGCAGCACCAUAAAGCGAGCAAGCUGCAGGGAAGUGACAUUUUGGACGCUGCUGCCACAGCAGUGAGAGAGCAGAUUCUCAAGGGCUAUCUGAACCUGCGCAUCCUUACCAUCAGGAACCAAAUCUUUCACUCCAUCCUUUUGUAGAGUUUGUUUUCUUUCCAAAAGGGGGAAGACUUUUUUGUUCUUCUACUUUGGUAUUUGGUUUGUUUGCAUUCACCCUACACAGUCAGACUAGUUAGGAUCACAUGAAGAAUAUGUGAGUAUGAGAAUCAGUUAAGGCCCCCAGUUCAUCAUGCUUUGUUCUACUUUCCAAGUUUUGAGGAAAAGCUGGAUUUCAGAUGCUAAAAUCCUUCCCUUUAUGGCCACAAACCACUAUGACUGAGUUAAAGAAACAAAUGCUCCAGAGGGUGCCCCUAAUCCUUUCCAUCCCCAAAUGGAAAAUGUAUCUGUUUUGUCAAUUCCCAUCAUUUCUGCCUGACCAGUAGGCAAAGAUCUUUCCAGUAUUCACAGAAAUCUGCCAGUGUAACCUGCCCAUACAUAAUAUCCUUCAGAUCCCAGUGGUGGCAGUGAGAUAGCCCCUGAGAAUCAACAGCAGAGCUGGUAGGCCUAUGCAGUAGAUGAAACGAUUGAACUGGACGGAUGGGAGCACUAAAAUACUGCAAACGGAGUACCUAUUUGGUUUUGAGUGGGGAAGAUGCUACUGCUGCUUUCUGUUGGAAAUCUCCCCAGUUUUCUCAGUAGUAUUCCUGGUUCUGCAUCUCUGACAGAGCUGGAGACGAUCUGGUCACCACUGGCCACCCAUGGUUCUCCCCAGAGAGCCAAAGGCUAACUUUUUCAUCUAGUAUUUUUUUUAGCUCUGCUUGAUUUAUCAUGGCUUGAUUGCACAGGUAAAACAAAUUACGACAACAGUCUUUGUUUGAUGCAAGGUAUAUAUUUUUCAUUAAAUCAUAACUCUCUAUUACAGUAUGUCACAUUAAACCCAGCCUAUCCACCUUCUCAGCAAUAGAUAACUGGACUGCUUUUAUCAUGUGCAUUUAACCAGAUGACUAUCAUAAUCUCACACUAACAAUGAACUACACAAACUGACACAUAAACCGUAACACUUUUGACCGCAACAGAUCUGUCCAUUCACCGCAGUGAUGGAAAACAAAAUGGGAAAAGGCUGCUUUUCGUGGGAGUCCUGUGACUUUGACUGCUAGAGGUGAAUGUUGAGGGAGUCCUGGGAAUGCCUUAGCUGCACGCCAUAACGUUUGUUAAAGGUGGUGUGGCAAGAUGAAGACUGUUAUAUGGCAUCAAAAAACAUGAAUGUGAAAGACUGUAAGCUGGGUUCAAACUAGGCUAGGUUCACGCUGUGUCAAAAAUUGCAGGUUAAUGCUGUCUUUCAGUAGAAGUCGGAAACCUAUAAUUCCCACCUUGGAGGUUGUUACUACUCUCCAUGCUUUCCAGUGGAUCAGCUUGGAAAAUUUUCUCCAAUGUCAAAUGCUGUUCCUUGUGCAAAAGACAUACGUUAGCUGGCUAGCAGCUGCAAAUGCUAACUGUUCACAACUAGGGUCUUUGAUAGAUUGGACAAGGCUUGUUUACCAACCAGACAAAGCAGACAAUUUCAGUCUGGUUUGUGUUUGAGAUCACUGAAAUGAUAAGGACCUUACCCGGGAGUCCUUUCUUCUAGUUACAUUACAAAUAUUGUUUUUAAAUGGUGCAUAUUCACAAAUUUAUUUGCAUUGCAUAUUGCUGCCAAGGCUUUAUAUAAAAGCCUAUAUUACAAAAAAUAUUAUAUGAAAGAUGAUAUAUGUUCUCUACUAUGUGUAUUGGAUACUUAUGUGCACUAAUGCAUAGAGAGUAGGGCGGUCAGCAGGAUUAAUUCAGACCCUUCUUUGAGAAUAGUUAGUACGUUAAAAGUUUUGUGUUGUGUUUAUAGUGCUGCAUAACGGCAUCUUGGAAAAAAACGCUACCUUUACUUGUUCCAAAAAUGCAGUAUGAGGCUCAAAUGGGAAUGGGUUAUUUUGCUGAGGAGGAAGUGGGAAUUUCUGACUUUUUUUCUUCUCUGAAAUGUAGCAUUAGACCUGUAUGGCAUACACAGUGUAUUAUGGUGGAACCUAUGGCAUUACUGAAUAUCACUGCAUGUCACAGCGUUACCAGGGUGAUUGCAUAUCCAAAAUGGCCGGUGGAAAAGGGGGGAAAUCACUGAUUGGACGAGACACAGCCCAGCAGCUUAGGGGGGGCGACCAGUAAGACGACAGAAUAAAUCAACUCUUUCUCUGUGGUUUUGUCCCUUCGCUUCGUCUCUCUCGUCUCCUGUUGUUGUUGUUGUUGUUGUUGUUGUUGUUGUUGUUGUUAUUAUUGACCUUGAGUUUGAGCUCAACACAUCGUACUUGAAUUACCUCGUUUUUGUGACCUCAUGUUGCUUGUGUAUUUUAAUUUUCCCUUUUGUUUCAUUGUACACUUUUUUUUUUUUGUUUGUUUGUUUUGUUCAUGAGCGUAUGUGGGAAAGAUGCAUUGCACAACAUGAUGAAGCAAUGUGUACGCAGAAAAAUUAAGUGCCACGGUGAAGAGAUUUGUUUGUUUUUCUAAUGUUGUGUAUUUCUUUGUGCAUUACUUGUUACCAAACUUGGUAUUAUUAACCCCGCUUGUUAAAGAGCCGGAAAGUUUGGUCAUUUGUUAUAAAAGCUACCUCUAAGUUGUUUUCUUUUUUUUUUUUUGGCAAAAGCACAUUUUUUUUUUGUUUGUGUUUUGCAUUAUUUCAUCAUUGCUACUUCAUCUCAUGCUUUUUUUUUUUUUUUUUCUAAAGUUGAUUUAUGAUUGUCUGUGUUUUUAAGCGAAAUGUAUAUAAAAGGGUAAGAGAUAACAAUAGUAGAGGUUGAUAGGCUGAGAAGAGUCAUUCAAAUGGAUGUUUAUUCCUCUCUUAUAGUCUCCCCCUGCACCUCCAACCAUAGAAGAGCAGAGAAAAAAAAGCAAUUUUGAAGCCUUAAGUGAUGAGUAAGAGGGAUGCAGCAGAUAAGAGGAAGACCUAUUGCUUUUUUUUUUUUGAGAGGGUUUAAAAACAAGAAUUUAAACUUGAAAAUA